UACUUUCCACUUGCUAUUUCCAUGAAGCACACUCCUAUAGGUUGUUGUCUUUGUACAAAGCAGAAAGAGCUAAUAAGAGAACUUAGAACUUAAAAGAGUCACAAGCCAGAAUUUGAGAAAUUGCUUCUGGAAAGUGAAAAGAUACAACCUUUGCUUUCAGAAAAAGCCAUAAGCAGGUGUGAUGGGAUCUACAUUUAUUGAUGAAUAUGCUAUCCAACAAAUAAUUGAUAUUCCAGAAAACAUUGAUCCUGCAAUAAGAUGGCCAGAGUGCUGUAUCUACAAGAUCCCUAAGAGUCUGUUGAAGGUGAAAGAGGAUUCCUAUGAUCCUCUCUUGAUCUCAAUUGGCCCUAUUCACCAUGGUAAUACCAAGCUAGAAGAAAUGCAGCACCACAAACACACAUAUUUUCAUUUCUUCUCGGAACGCCUACAGAACAAACGCGUCCUAGAGGACUUCAAGGCCUUCAUUGAACAACAAGAGCAGAUUAUAAGGCGUUGUUACCAGCCGAAGUUCCCUCACAUCGGAAGCGAACAAUUAGUGAGGAUUAUUCUGCUGGAUUCUAUUUUUAUCAUGGAGCUCUUUCUGAGGGAAGCGAAACGGUGGAAACACAAAGAUGAUUAUGUAUUGACUCAACCAUGUCUUAGCAAAAGCAUCCAGAGGGACUUGCUGCUGCUUCAGAACCAGCUUCCAAUUCAAGUUUUGGAGAAACUCUAUGAGACUUGUGUCCCAAGCAAUCUCAAAGAGCAUUCCAGAUUCAUUAGGCUUGCUCAUGAGUACUUUGCAUCUUAUUACCCUUAUCAGAAAUCUUCUGAGAGGAAGUUCGAGCCGAAGAAGUGGGAGAAAUCGCUGCAUUUCACUGAUUUGGUUCGAUGUUCUUAUCUCCCCACGAACCUGAGUUUCAACGAUGACAAGAGUCGCCACACUUACUCGCAAAAGGAAUGUAUGCUGAGGACUGCGACAAAGUUGAAUGAAGCCGGAAUAAGCUUCGAGAAGGUUCAUAAUAGAUCCUUGCUAGACAUAAAGUUUGAGAGGAAGAGAUUCUUCAGCUGGUUUCUCUGCUUGGGUUGCUUCCCAUAUUCCAAGUGUUUUAAGGCUAGAUUUCAGUUCCCACAGUUAAAAGUAGAUCACACAACAGAAUGUGUUCUUAGGAACCUAAUAGCAUUUGAGCAGUGUCACUAUCCUGAGGAGCCUUACAUUUGCAACUAUGUUUCUCUGAUUGAUUCUCUUAUUCACACCAAGGAUGAUGCAGAAUUGAUGGUUGAGAAGGAAGCUAUUGUCCAUGAACUUGGAAGUGACAAGGAAUUGGCAACACUGGUUAAUAGUCUAUGCAAACAUGUUGUGACAAAUAAAACAUGUUACCAACAAAUCAUUGGAGAUCUUAACGAACAUUACAACAAUGGUUGGAAAUGGACUAUGGGAACACUGAGGUGGGUGUACUUCCGGGACCCUUGGAGAAGCAGUUCUACCAUUGUAGGGAUAGCUGUUCUAAUAUUCACCAUCUUCAACUUCUGUCGAGUUGUUCAAUUAAUCUUUUAGUUUAUUCUGUUUUAUGUAUGUUUAAUGGUUGAACAUGUAACUCUAGUUUCCAUAUACUAAUAAAAUGGCCAAUUUGGGAAAAAA